AUGGACGAUCGCUUCACCGAUUUGAACCCUAAAACUAAAACGUGUGUGGUUUUAGGCGGAAGAGGAUUCAUAGGAAAAGCCUUGGUUUUGCGCCUCUUGAAACUCGGCAACUGGAUCGUCCGAGUUGCUGAUUCCACUCACUCACUCCAACUUCACAGCUCCGAGUCACUCCUCGCCGAUGCUCUCUCUUCUUCUCGCGCCUCGUACUUCCAUCUUGACGUUACCGAUAAACACCGCGUCGCCAAAGUUCUUGAAGGUUCUUCGGUUGUUUUUUAUAUGGAUGUUGAUGGCAUCAAUUAUGACAAUGAUUUCUACAGCUGCUAUAAGCUGAUAGUUCAAGGUGCGAAGAAUGUGAUCACUGCUUGCAGAGAGUGUAAAGUGAAACGCUUAAUAUACAACAGUUCUGCAGAUGUUGUAUUUGAUGAUUUGCGUAAUGGAGUUAAAUCGUCGGCAUAUCAGUGGAAAGUUGAUAACAUGUUGAUUGACCUUAAGGCUCAUGCAGAAGCUUUGAUCUUGGAUGCUAAUGAUAUUGAUGGAGUCUUGACAUGCUCACUUCGUCCUAGUAAUGUCUUUGGUCCUGGUGACACAGAAAUUGUGCCGUAUUUUCUAAAGCUAGCAAGAUAUGGUUUCACAAAGUUUAUUAUAGGGACUGGUGAUAAUCGAUCAGACUUCACCUUUUAUGAGAAUGUUGCUCAUGCUCAUAUCUGUGCAGAAGAAGCCUUAAAUUUCCAAACAGUUUCUGUGGCUGGAAAGGCAUUUUUCAUCACGAAUCUUGAGCCUAUGAAGUUCUGGGAAUUUCUCUCACUUUUAUUGGAAGGUCUUGGAUAUCAAAGGCCAUUCAUCAGACUUCCUGCCAAUUUGGUGCAAUACAUUCUCCCGGUUUUAAUGUGGUUACAUGAAAAGUUGGGACCCAGAUGCUUCAGUUAUCCUUUAUUAGUUCGUUUUUUACAGUUAGCAUCACACACCCAAACAUUCAACUGCUCAGCAGCUCAAAAAGAUAUUGGAUACUCGCCUAUAGUCUCCCUUGAGGAAGGUGUCACGUUAACCAUAGAAUCAUUCGCUCAUUUAGCUAAAGAUUCAUCUUUUUCAAGAUGCUCUGGGUGUGUCGAUCGGUCAAAAGCAGAUAAGCUGCUUGGCUGCGGAAAAGUGGCUGACAUUUUGUUAUGGAGAGACGAGAAAGCAUCCUUCACAUAUUUCCUUGGGCUGGUUUUUUUGUUUUAUUGGUUUUUCCUUUCUGGAAGCAGUUUUAUAUCAUCUAGUGCAAGGCUUUUGCUGCUUGCCACUUUACUUCUAUGCGGACAUGGUUUUCUGCCAUCAAAGCUGUACAUGCUACCUGUAUCUAAUUUUAAGAUCUCUGAUCCGGUGGUGAAAGAUUCAGUUGCAAUUACAGUACAUCUAUGGAACAAGGGUUUUCAAAAUAUAAAGGGACUGGCCAAAGGGGAUGAUUGGUCUAAAUUUUUCAAGGUUGCGGUUCUUAUUUACCUUCUGAAGUUGACCCUGUCAAAGUUGUUGACAACAUUCAUAGGCACAGGUCUGGUCCUUGCAUUUAUGGUAUUCUUUGUUUAUGAGCAAUAUGAAUCAGAAAUUGAUGGACUAGCAGGUAUUCUAACUACUAGUUUGAAGGAGUUCACGAUAUAUUUGAAGGGAAAUUCACCUCUUUUUGUAUCGCGACUUCUGCAUUAUGGCGACAACUUUUAG